CAUUUUUGUUUAUAUUUCUAUCAGUUUUUGGGAGAGAGACAUUUGUACCUCAGUACGUGCAAUUGUCAAUUUGUCCAUUCUGUACUGCUUUGUUUAUGUUGGCCAUAAGUCCUGGUAAAGUGAGAGGAAGUGGGGGAAGGUACAGUCUGUUAGGUAUGUGAGCAUGACUCAGCAGCUAAUCAUGUGAUCUGUUAACCUUUGCAAACUUGCAUAACAUAGACACUCACACAGACAGGCAAUAGAGACAGACAGCCAGGACUUCACAGGGUAAAGGAAAACAAAACACAAAAGGAAGGUGGUUUGAAUCAUCAUAUAUAGAAAAAAAAAUAAGAAAAAGAACAACAACAAGACCUUGCUGUUUGUUUUGCAGGCUGGAGUAAUGGAAAUGUUCAGUAGUGUGUUGUUAGGAAGCCUGGUGUUGGUUCUACUCUGGUUGUUCAGGCAGAAGAGACAGAGAACUGACUGUUUACCACCAGGGCCCUGGGCUCUGCCACUGCUGGGUAAUGCACCUCAGAUGGACAAACAGGCUCCCUUCAAGACCCUCGUCAAGUGGAGUGGUGUGUAUGGACCAGUGAUGACAGUGUAUCUUGGGCGGCAGCGGACUGUGGUGCUGGUGGGGUAUGAAGCAGUCAAGGAGGCUCUAGUGGACCAGGCUGAGGACUUCGCAGGAAGAGCUCCCAUCCCCUUAAUUUCUCGUGCUACCAGGGGAUACGGCCUGGCCAUCAGUAACGGGGAGCGUUGGCGGCAACUGCGUCGUUUUACCCUGACCACUCUGAGAGACUUUGGGAUGGGUCGAAUGGAGGAGUGGAUACAGGAGGAAAGCCAACACCUUAUUGAUAGUGUGCAUGGCACUAAAGCCAUGCCCUUUGACCCCCAGCCUUACUUGAGUCGCACUGUAUCCAAUGUCGUCUGCUCCCUAGUUUUUGGACAGCGUUUCAGCUACGAGGAUGCCAACUUCCUGUACUUACUCAACAUUUUCUCAAGUAUGCUGCGCUUUGGAAGCAGUCCCUGGGGACAGCUCUACAACAUCUUCCCCAGGCUGAUGGAAUGCCUGCCUGGCCAGCAGCACAGCCUUUUUACCAAGGUGGACGAGGUGAGAGAGUUUAUAAUGAAGAAGAUACAUGAGCACCAAGAGACAAUGAAUCCAGGCAACCCUAGAGACUACAUAGAUUGUUUCCUCACCAAACUCAACCAGGAGAAGGAAUUGUCCUCCUCUGAGUUUAUAUAUGACAACCUGGUGUCCACAGUGUUGAACCUCUUCCUGGCAGGAACAGAGACCACCAGCACUACUCUCAGAUACGCCGUAAUGGUGCUCAUUAAAUACCCUAAAAUUCAGGAGCACAUGCAGCAGGAAAUCGACACAGUGAUUGGACGAGAACGAGUACCUCAGAUGGAGGACAAGAUGUCUCUCCCCUUCACAGACGCUGUCAUCCACGAGGUGCAACGCUUCUUAGACAUUGUUCCGUUUAACAUUCCGCACUAUGCCACCAAAAAUAUCUCAUUCAGAGGUUACACAAUCCCUCAGGGCACCGUUAUCCUUCCCCUGCUGCACUCUGUUCUGAGAGACCAAGACCACAGGGCCACGCCCACAACCUUUAACCCUGAUCACUUCUUGGAAGAAAACGGAAACUUCCAGAAGAACCCUGCCUUCUUUGCCUUCUCUGCAGGUAAGUGUGCCUGUGUAGGGGAGUCUCUGGCUCAUAUGGAAAUCUUUUUGUUCCUGGUGUCUCUGCUGCAAGGUUUCUCCUUCUCAUGUCCUGGAGGACCUGAAAGCAUGGAUCUCAGCCCAGAGUACAGCAGCUUUGCUAACCUCCCUUGCAGCUACCAACUCAUCGCUACCCCCCGCUGACCUGGAGGGUAGCGGCAGAAGCACAAAACAAGGGAGAGCAUAGAAAUCGGGUGGAGGGACCAGAGUUAUUUUUGGAUUUUGUAUAUUUUUGGGGGACUAUGUAUGCUCUUUCUGUUCCUUGUGUGUCUGCUGCAGCGUUGUCCUGGAGGACCUGACAGCAUGGAUCUCAGCCCAGAAUACGGCAGCUUUGCUAAGCUGCCUCGCCGCUAUCUGCUCAUUGCUACCCCCCACUGAUUAGGAUGGAAACUGCAGCAGCAUGACUGGGAGAAUUGUCAUCUCAUCUUCUUCAUCUGCUUUUCCGGUAUCGGGUCACAGGGGCAGCAGCUCCAGCAGGGGACCCCAAACUUCCCUUUCCUGAG